GUCGGCGCCCUAGAUGCAGCACAAUUAUUUGGAGAUGCCAUUGGGUCAGAAGAUAUGCCGGACGAACCCCUGCCCCAUCCCAAUGUCGGAAGAGAUGGGAGUCAAGAAUUGGGGCUGCAAAUCUGGGCCCCACAUUAUCAAGUAACAUAUGCCAGCGUCCUUGUUCCCGAUGGAGACUCUGGAGACACAAUCAUCGCAAAGGCAGCCGAACAUGCAUCCCAGGCCUUCCACCACGAUUUCACAUCAGUUGCACCAGUCAAAGCGAUGCCUCAUGCAGGCUUCGCCACUUUUGUGGCGAUCCCUGAUUGCCUUGACGCAGCAGAUAGAGUAGUGGUGUUGCUUGAUUUUGGGAUGAUUGCUGGACAGCGCUUCUCUUGUGUACUGCCAGCUCAGCUGUCAUAUCGUGACAUGAUUGACUUUGUUGCACCCAUUGCUGGCAAAGAUCGAGGGCAGACCGAAGUGUUUAUUGACCUUGACCAGGUGCCACAUCAGAGAGGAGUCGCAAGUCUGAUUGAUGCCCCGCCGGCACCAGACCCGUUGCCAGGCUAUGAGGCCGUGCUCAGUUGCACUUUGCUCAGUGUCGGUGGCCUCUGCAAGCUCGCUUGUGAUGCUAGUGCAGGCUGGCAAAGUGAUGACAUUGCCAGUGCACCAUUUGUGCCCAUCAAGAUCAGCUGCAUUUCCGAAUGGUUCUUUGCAUGUAAAGGCCCUUCUGCUCCGACUGCCAGUGCAGGUCAGGCUGAGGUUGAGGCGCAUCAGCAAAACUUGCUGCAGACUGCACCGGCCGAAGGCCCACAGCCUUAUCAGGCACCUGAGCAGACCUUCACUGCUCCACAACCUGAAGUUGCGGUUCAGGACGAGCCAGUGCCCUAUCGAUCUUGGAAGUUCCUCGUUUUGGGACCCAAUAUCAGCAAGGAAUAUGUGGAUUUGCAGCUUAGGGUACCAUGUACCGUGCAACGGGCCCUGGAAGAAGUCAGUGAAGCCAGAAAUGACAAUCGGCAAUGGCUAUACGGGCUCUUGGCACCAGUGACGCCCCAACCUGCAGACGAUUUUGCCACUCUCAUUGCCUUGCCAACUUGGGCUUCUUCCAAAACGGCAGUCUGUAUGGACACCAGGCUCUGUGACGGCCGUAUCUUCUGCAUUGUCUUGCCAGGCCGAUUCAACAGAGAAUCUCUCCUCCGCAUUGCUGGAAUUGCCGAUUUACAGGGGGUUGAGGUUUAUUGUGGGGAUAGUUGGGUACCUUUGAGAGCAGGGGAGCUGAUAGACCCUCCACAUGGCACCCUGAUCACUUUUGUCCCACACACCCAGCUCUACCGGCCUGGUUUUUCUCUGCAACAGAUGCUUUUGAGGCAUGCCGGUGGAAACACCCAGCCAGAGAUGCCUACCGGCAACAUUGGCCGAUUUUUCUGGAUCCUAACCGAUGCCUGGCCAGUACUCUUUGAUGCUCGGCAUGCUACACGCGACACUUUCCAAGCAGCCUUGGCUGUAGAGCUCCGAACUGUGAUCGGUGCCCUUGCGGUCCAAACACCCAAACCCAUGAUUGGGGACUAUGACCACAAUGGCAGGCAUUGUGAGAAGGUCAUCGUGGCUACUGAGCAAAUUUGCAGGGUACCUGUGCCUCCAGGAAGACGCAUCCCGCCUACUGAUAUUUGUGUCCUGGACCUGCGCCCCAUCUUGAAAGGGCUGCGAUGGCUGUUGGUUCACAAGCGUAAAAUCCAUCUAGAGCCAUUAGUCACUGAACUUUCUGAUGGAGCGCCAGAUGGCUUCAGGGUCAACAUAGCCGGAGGAUCCAUCGAGCACACAACACAUGGCACAUACAUCCAGGUUGCGCCUGGCCAGGCCCUCAUUGCACACUUUUUGCGUGAUGCACCGCCUAGCGAAGCAGGCAGUGAUGCCUUUCACUCCUCCUGGGAUUCAGGAUUAGGCGGAGAUACGGACAGCGAUGACUCUGAUCAGGAUAUGGGUCAUGACGAUGAUACUCAAGUAGUUGAUGCUGCCCAGGGGCAUCAAGAAGGCGGAGAACAGGCCGACCCUGAGCCUACUCAGGAUUAUGGGACACCCAAUGACGAAGUCCAGCCACAUCAACAUGGCCAUGAUGAUGUAACCAAGCCUUUGGCUUGGGCACUUUACGCCUGGUGCUUGAGAGCUCUGGGUUUGUGCCUCUGCCUCUUGAUUGUGUGCUGCUGGCAAGCUAAGGGCCUUCAAGAACCCCAGCCAGAUUCCCUGCAAUCCAUGUCCAGGCUGGAUGAUCCCAGGCAGGUUACUAGACGCUUUGGCCAUCCCUGGCCACAUCUGCACUGGACAGGAGCCCCGCAAGAGUCGCUUGAAAUUGAUCGCGAAUCAAGCGAUACUUCAGCGAGUUUCCAUUCCUUUGUUGCCACACUCUUUGUCUUCAGAGUUGCGUAUCAGCCAGAGCGUUUUUUCAUUCAUGUUGACAACCCUGAGCAUGUUGAACAGCUCGAAGUCACUGUCAACACAAUCCGUGAUCCUGAAGCAAGAGAAGAUUUUCCUGUCCUGAUACAAGCCUACCCACAGCCCCACCGAGAAUGGGGAGCUUUGCUUGCCUUACCCUGGUGGGAUUCAGCGGCACACCUGGUCCUAUUGGACUUGCUUCGAAUCGAUGGCCGUAUCCUUGCGGCAUGUGUGCCCGACAUUAUUAGCAGAGAUGAUCUGCUGCAACAAGCUGGGCUUGAUCCCACCAGCGACGCUCAAAUCUUCCUAGGGGAUACCGAGGCUCCCCUUGAACAUGACCGUGUAGUGCAAGUCCCGACUGGAACUUGCAUCACCUUCGUGCCGGGAUAUGGGGUUCCACCGCCGGUUUUCACUUUGAGGGAAAUGCUGCGAAAUGCCUUUGGGUGGGCUGAACAUGAAGUUGAAUUACGGGUCCAGGCUGGGAUCUCGUAUCUCCUUGUUUCCUUCAGAGGCACUUUCUUGCACUUCCCCGACCUUGGCAGCCCAAUGCAUGUCCGGGACGAAAUCGCUGCUACGAUAGGAUGUAGAUGCUUUUGGGCCAUUCUUGAUGCCAGAGCCUUGCAAAUAGGAUUCCCGGUUGGCUUGAGAUUUUCUUAUCAGUUGUACCGGACUCGGCUGGCAAUCUACACCUUGAGCCAGGAACCUGCGAUCAAUGGCGAGGGUGCCCACAGGAGUCGUUGUGCUCCUCUGCCUGACCUCAAGCUUGGCACAUUUGCGAAUGAUGAUGGGGACACGAGCUUAGGCUUUGACCAGGUCGCUUUUUCAGCCAGCGAAGACCUUGCCAUCUCACCCCCAACUGAGGAAGAGUUAGAGGAUUUUGAAGUUCUAUCCACUCUUCUUGAGGAUAGUGUCAGACAGCCAGAAUCUCGAGCUUUCUUCCUUGCAGCCACUCUUGUGGAAACAUUGUCUGAGCACUUUCAGAGCGAGGCCCAAGCCCGCCAGUAUGCCACUACUGCGGUUGUUGUUGCCGAUGGAGGCAGGCAAACUCUCAGCCUCGAGUCUGCCCUGCCGCUGCGACCAGAAGAAAGUAAGUUUUAUACAGGCAGUAUUCAGGCAGCCACUCUUGACUGUUUGCCAGCCUUGCGAUCCCUCCCAAGCGAUGACGCUGCUAAAUUUGGAGGUACUGAUUUGGGUUUCACUUGGGGUCAACUUGUGGAGUUCCUCACCAUCCAACCCCGCUUUGAAACUUGGGAAGCCUUCUUCGGUGAGGAGGAUGUCAUCCCUCAUGCAGACCCGCCCUCUUUACAUGUAGCCAUGUCCAGGUUGGCGCAGACCACUGCCGAUAGGCUGCUGUGCUGCUAUACGGACGGCUCAUUCUUCCCUGCGAGAGCCAAUGCCCCACCCAAGGCAGGUUGGUCUGUCAUAUUUGUCGACCCCCACCAAGGCACUUUUGCUAUCUCUGCGGGGCCCCUUCUUGAGCCUUUGCUGGGACAAGGCGUGCAGAUCUCCCCAUAUCAGGCGGAGUGCUGUGCUCUCGCAGUCGCUGCGACCACUUCAGUGCUUUCAUUCGCAGACAGACCGAUCCGUUUUCUGUCUGACUGCACUGCAGCUCUUGGCGCUGCUCAAGGACAAUGCGGCUAUGCGACAGGCGGCCUCCCUGAGGCACUAGCAGCUGCCUUUGACUUGAGACAGAGAGGGUGCAACCAAACUGACCAGUUCGCAUAUGUUCCCGGUCAUCAGGGUGAUUUCUUCAACGAAGCUGCUGACAUGCUUGCGAAAUGGGGGGCGAAGCAGGAUGGUGGAGGAAGUUACCAGCAAGGAGCCAUGGCUACCCUGCAAGCAUGGCUACAAAAGGGUGCUAGGUGCCUGCCCUGGGUCACCUUGGUCAUUCAGCAGCUACGUGGAUAUGCUGAGUUGCCCCCUUUAGGAUGCUUGAACCUUGGGUGUGAUACUUGGCACGCUGGACUUGCAGACCAGCAGCUUGUCUGUCCAUUUUUACCGCCUGGUGUAGGGGAGGAAGCCAAGGAAGAUGAUUCUUAUGAUAGAUACAAGCUAUCAUUGCGACUCCUUUCCUACAGCACCCUUUCACUCGGUGGUUGCCUGGAAUAUGAAGAUGGACAGGGGCAGGAUGUGUCAGGCCGUCAUAGUCGACCAGGCAGAGCAGCCUUGCUUGCCAAACAGCUCGAUGACCACAAGGUCACUUGUGCAUUCCUCCAGGAGACUCGGUGUCCUGCAGGGACCUCCACUGUUGGAGGCUACUUGAGAUACAGUGCCGGAGCUCUCAAAGGCCAAUGGGGCACUGAGAUCUGGCUCCGAAAAGGGGCCGCCUUUCUUCUUCAUGGUAGUGACCACCAGCGCAGUUUGCUCUGUGACAGCAGCAAUGUUGCAAAUGUGCAUGCAGAUCCACGCAGGAUGCUCCUGCGCAUUUCGGGCCUAAAGUUCUCUGUCCUGCUCUGCGCCCUCCAUGCACCACAAAGGGCCACGGAAGCGCAUGCUGUUGAACGUUGGUGGUCUGAAACACUCGCCCUUCUCCGACAGCACCGUAGGCAGUCGUUGGUCAUUGUUGCCGGGGAUGUUAAUUGUGCUGUUGGCUCGGUUGUAUCGGCCGAGAUUGGCGACUGUGGUGCUGAGGAAGAAGAUGAGCCUGGGACCAAGUGGCGAGCUCUUCUCAAAGAACUCGAUUGCAUUGCUCCAUGCACUUUCCCAGCUUAUCAGAUAGGUCAGCCGGACGCAAACCAGGAGGACCUUGACCUGUCUUCUCUCCCAGAUGGCGAUGUGGCCGCGAUUUUGCAACACAUGCAAGAGCCAACAGCCUUUCGGGAGGCUGGAGCAAGCGAGUGGCAAGAGCAGCUAGCCAACAAGCUCACUGAGUCGACAUGGUUCUUGAUGCAGGGUGAUCACACCCCUGUUUUGACGUCGCGAGGGACCCGUCCAGGGUCUACAGCAGCGGACCUGCUCUUUGCCAUGGUGGUGCAGAAAAUCCUAAGGCGGAGAGAUGCACUUUGUCAGGGUCUUCCAGAUGCGCCGGUUGUACCCUCUGUGCCGUGGGACUCUGUCCUUUCGCUUGAACCGCCUUCAGAUGGUGCUCCUAGUGUUCCUCUCGAUGAUCUCAUUUGGGCUGAUGAUAUCUCUUGCAUGCGGAUUUCCAGCAGCCCGCACCGCCUGCCCUCCAAUAUUGGGUGUACGGCAGGAGUGCUCAGUGACGCAUUCAAUGAGUUCGGGUUCAAGCUCACGUUUGGACCCACAAAAACAGCUGCUCUUGCUCAGGCCAUAGGUGUGAAGCACUCCUGCCGCGGUGGCAUGUGUGCAGAGCUCCGCUACCGUGCAGCUCAAGCGCGUACGGCGUUUCAGGAGGGACGCCGGAAGGUCUACCGCGUCUUGAGGAUACCGUUGAAGCGCAGAGCUUUCAUACUUACGAGCACGGUGCUUCCGAAACUCCUCUUCGGAGCUGGCAGCUGGCCCCCGUUGAACCAGAAGGAGUACUCCAUAGUGUCUGGGGCACUUUGGACCUUCUACAGAGCCCUCCUCGGAGUCAAGAGCCAUGAAAACCAGAGCUGGGCCGCUCACACAGUUUUGGCCUUGACAGGCCUCUCAGGUCCGCAGGUCACCCUGUAUUGCGCAAGGCUUCACUACCUUUGCCAGCUUUGCAGGUCAGCGCCCCCGGCCCUCUGGGCUCUGGUCAAACUUGACCGGCCAUACGCGGAAUCCCUCCAAACCGCGCUGGCCUGGUUGUACAAGUGGACAUAUGCCACCUCGCCUUUGCCCAAUCCGCUCGAGCAAUGGCCACCUUGGCUAAAGCUCGCCACCGACACGCCCAACAAGUUCAAAGGUUUGGUGCUCCGUGCGCAAGGCCUUGAGAGCUGCAAAAGUCAGGUAAUUGCGGCAUACGACGGUCUGCACAAGGCCCUCCAAUGCUGGAUACCUUGCCAUGCCCCGCCAGAUGAAAUUGAGAAGGUCUCAGGCUGUGGAAAGACCUACGGCAAUGUAGGCUUCAGCACAGCUGAAGCUGAGGUGCAUCCACAAGCACCGCCCGUCAAGGUCAUUGAGCCAGUCCAGACACUUCGGGACACCGUCAAAGCUUGGCGGGAUUCUGAGCCAGAAGAUCUUCUGGUCACCGAGGCCGCGAAUGAUCUGCUGCUUCUUUUGGAUCCUGAAUUAUUGGCAGAUUCGGUGCAGCCUGCACCACAGCAGCGGCAAUUCCCUGCAGACACUGAGCCAUUUUGGACGGAUAUGCCGAAUAUCGGUAUGCCUGCUGCAGGAGACAUGAUCCACUUCCAGCUGGAGAGCCCACCCCCGAGAGCCCUUUCGCCCUUCGGAGCGACGAGCAUGCGUCUACGAGAGGCCAAGGCCUUCGCUGACUGGGCCGAGCAAGCAUGUGCCAUGAUUGUGCAAUGCCUUGUAAACGCACAAGGCCGUCCUUUUCAGGUGAGGUGCCCAGGCAUUGCUGCUGGACUAGGUCCUGCGGCUCAAUGGCUGCGUGCGGUUGGCAUUGCGAUUGACGAUCAGGGGCUGACUCUUGCUCUUUGA